AUGAAUUUUAAGACUUUCAUUUUCAUUGUUCUGCUUUCGGCGGUAUUGAGCUUCUGCAAAAAAUUUCACAAAAAAAGACAAGCGACUAAGGCCCAUUGCGAAACGAAACUGAAAAUUGAAGGAGGCGAUUUCGCCGGAAAAAUAUUUUUAGAAAAUUUGGAUGAGAUGAUGAGAAGGACCCAGGCGAUUCUUGACCGAUUUUACGUUAGUGAAAUUCCUGAUACGGAUAACCAAGAACUUUCAAACAGAGUUUUGCUGAAUAGUAGUAGAAAGAGAAGAGAGUUGAAAUGCCUCGACGUUAACCAAAGAUUAAAAAUACUACACGACUCACUGAUCGACCUAAAAUCGGCCAGGAACGUAGAACUCUGCAUGUCAGACCUAAAUGAACAGGUGGAACUGAUACUGGAUAGAUUACAAUUCGCCAGAAAGUUUAUAAAGCCGAGAUUAAAAUUGAAUGUCGGCCACAAUUUCGAGGGAACAAUUAAUUUCUUCCCUAUAAACGAAGUAGACGGUGAGUUGAGCACCGCUGAAACCUGCAAACGCGCUAUGAACGUCUUCUACAACUUCAAAUCCAACAUCAAUCUCCUUCACUUAUUCACCUAUGAUUAUUAA